AUGGGAUUCCAGGCGCCUGUGCUCUGCCUGCUACUUGCUUGCAUCUGGCUGCUUCGGGGUGAGCCGGCUCUGGAGUCCCCGCAGGCGCAGCCUCGUGCUGCAGCAACCACACCUGGGGCAAGUGCAGAGCUGCAGCCUGCGCCAGCCAGCCACAGCUACCAGGAGGGGACCCUUACUACAGGGAAUGUCCUGAUGGUGAUGGGAGGCCAGGAAGUUGAAGCCCUGGACUCUUCGGCCAUGUCUUCCUGGGAAAGGCGGCUCCAUCGGGCCAAGUGUGCGCCAUCUUAUUUGUUCUCCUGCUUCAAUGGGGGUGAGUGUGUGCACCCAGCUUUCUGUGACUGUAGACGCUUCAAUGCCAGUGGACCACGCUGCCAGAUGGUGUACAAUGCCGGCCCUGAGCGGGACAGUAUCUGCCGGGCAUGGGGGCAGCACCAUGUGGAGACAUUUGAUGGCCUCUACUACUACCUCUCUGGGAAGGGCAGCUACACGCUGGUGGGGCACCAUGAACCUGAGGGGCAGAGCUUCUCCAUCCAGGUGCACAACGACCCACAGUGUGGCUCCGCCCCCUACACCUGCUCAAGGUCUGUCAGCCUCUUCCUUGCGGGUGAGCAGGAGAUCCAUCUGGACAAGGAAGUCACCCAUGGAGGCAUGAGGGUCCCACUGCCACAUGUGAUAGGGACCGUACAUCUGCAGCAGCUUGCUGGCUAUGUCAUUGUGCGGCACCAAUCAGCCUUCACCCUGGCCUGGGAUGGCACCUCGGCUGUCUAUAUCAAGAUGAGUCCAGAGUUCCUGGGCUGGACCCAGGGGCUGUGUGGAAACAACAAUGCUGACCCCCAGGAUGACCUCGUGACCAGCUAUGGAAAGCUGACAGAUGAUGUGGCUGAGUUUGUGCACAGUUGGCAGGAGUUGGUCCCCAACCACCCUCCAGGGCCCACAACCUCCUCCCUUCCUCGCCCACCAUGCCUGCAGCAAAGCCCUGGAACUAUGCAGGGUGUGUAUGAGCGGUGUGAGGCACUGCUGCGGCCUCCCUUUGAUGUCUGCCAUGCCUACGUCAGUCCUCUGCCCUUUGCGGCCAGCUGUACCAGUGAUCUCUGCCAAUCAGGAAGUGAUGAAGCCACCUGGUGCCGAGCGCUGGCUGAGUACGCUCGGGCGUGCGCACAGGCUGGGCGGCCCCUGCAGGGUUGGAGGACCCAGCUCUGGCAAUGCACCGUGCACUGCAAAGAGAAGGCCUUUACCUACAAUGAAUGCAUCACCUGCUGCCCUGCCUCCUGCCAGUCCCGGACAUCCUGUGUGGACAGCGAAAUUGCCUGUGUGGAUGGCUGCUACUGCCCUAAUGGGCUGAUCUUCGAGGAUGGGGGCUGUGUGGCACCAGCUGAGUGUCCCUGUGAGUUCCAUGGGACUCUGUACCCACCUGGCUCUGUGGUGAAGGAAGAUUGUAAUACCUGUACCUGCACUGCGGGCAAGUGGGUGUGCAGCACUGCUAUCUGUCCAGCUGAGUGCUCAGUGACUGGUGACAUCCACUUUACCACCUUUGAUGGCCGGCGGUACACUUUCCCUGCCACAUGUCAGUACAUCCUGGCCAAGAGCCGCUCCUCGGGCACCUUCACUGUGACAUUGCAGAACGCACCAUGUGGCCUGAACCAGGAUGGAGCCUGUGUCCAAUCAGUGUCCGUGAUUCUGCACCAGGACCCUCGGAGGCAGGUGACACUGACCCAGGCAGGAGAUGUCCUUCUGUUUGACCAGUACAAGAUCACCCCACCCUACACAGAUGACGCCUUUGAGAUCCGCAGGCUGUCCUCUGUGUUCCUGCGAGUGAGGACCAACGUGGGCGUGCGAGUGCUUUACGACCGGGAAGGGCUGCGGCUGUACCUGCGUGUGGACCAGCGAUGGGUGGAGGACACCGUGGGCCUCUGCGGCACCUUCAAUGGCAACACACAGGAUGACUUCCAGUCUCCUGUGGGUGUGCCUGAGAGCACCCCACAACUCUUUGGAAAUUCUUGGAAAACACUGUCUGCCUGCUCCCCGCUGGUUUCUGGCUCCCCACUGGACCCCUGUGAUGUGCAUCUGCAAGCCGCCUCCUAUGCAGUGCAGUCCUGCAGCGUGCUCAUGGGGGAGCUGUUUGCACCUUGUUCUGCAUACCUGAGCCCCGUGCCCUACUUCGAGCAAUGCCGCCGGGAUGCCUGCCGCUGUGGGCAGCCCUGCCUGUGUGCCACACUGGCCCACUAUGCCCAUCUGUGCCAGCGCCAUGGACUGACAGUCAACUUCCGUGCCCACCUGCCAGCCUGUGCAUUGUCCUGUGAGGCCACCAAGGAGUACAGCCCCUGUGUGACCCUGUGUGGGCAAACCUGUCAGGACCUGGCCAGCCCUGAAGCCUGUGCAGUUGAUGGUGGAAGUGACUUCAGCAGGGAUGAGUGUGUGGAGGGCUGCACCUGUCCACCAGACACCUAUCUAGAUGCCCAAGCUGACCUCUGUGUCCCCAGGAACCAGUGUUCCUGCCACUUUCAAGGCAUGGACUAUCCUCCUGGGAACAACGACAUCCCAUCCCUGGGUCACUGCCACUGCAAAGAUGGAGUCAUGAUCUGUGAUAGCAGAGCCCCAGCUGCAGCCUGCCCAGCAGGACAGGUCUUCGUGAACUGCAGUGACCUGCACACAGACUCCGAGCUGAGCAGAGAGAGGACGUGUGAGCAGCAGCUACUGAAUCUGAGCAUGCCAGCCCAUAGUCCCUGCCUGUCGGGGUGUGCCUGUCCCCACGGCCUGCUCAGACAUGGGGAUGCAUGUUUCCCACCAGAAGAAUGCCCGUGCACUUGGAAGGGGAAGGAGUAUUUCCCUGGGGACCAGGUGAUGUCACCCUGCCACACCUGUGUGUGCCAGCGAGGCUCAUUCCAGUGCACUCUGUACCCCUGUGCCUCCACCUGCACUGCCUAUGGAGAUCGGCAUUACCGCACAUUUGAUGGGCUCCCAUUUGACUUCGUGGGGGCCUGCAAAGUGCACCUGGUCAAGAGCACAUCAGAUUUCAGCUUCUCUGUGAUCAUAGAAAAUGUGAACUGCUAUAGCUCUGGCAUCAUCUGCAGGAAGUUUAUUUCCAUCAACGUUGGGAACUCACUCAUCAUCUUUGAUGACGACUCGGGAAAUCCUAGUCCUGAAAGCUUCCUGGAUGAGAAGCAGGAGGUCCACAUGUGGCGAGCAGGGUUCUUCACACUGGUACAUUUCCCACGGGAGCACAUCACCCUUCUGUGGGACCAGAGAACCACAGUGCACGUCCAGGCUGGGCCUCAGUGGCAGGGCCAGCUGGCAGGCCUCUGUGGGAACUUUGACCUAAAGACCAUCAAUGAGAUGAGGACCCCAGAGAACCUAGAGUUAACGAACCCCCAGGAGUUUGGCAGCAGUUGGGCUGCAGUUGAGUGCCCAGACACCCUUGACCCCCGGGACACGUGUGUCCUGAAUCCUCUCCGAGAACCUUUUGCCAAGAAGGAGUGUGGCAUCCUGCUCAGCGAGGUGUUUGAGACCUGCCACCCUGUGGUUGAUGUCACUUGGUUUUAUUCAAACUGCCUGACGGACACAUGUGGGUGCAGCCGGGGUGGUGACUGUGAGUGCUUCUGUGCCAGUGUGUCUGCCUAUGCCCACCAGUGCUGCCAGCAUGGCGUGGCUGUUGACUGGCGAACCCCCCGCCUCUGCCCAUAUGACUGUGACUUCUUUAACAAAGCACUAGGUAAGGGCCCCUACCAGCUGUCCAGUGUGGCGGCUGGCGGUGCCCUGGUAGCCACGAAGGCUGUGGGCAAUGACAUAGCCCUAGUGAGGGCAGAAGAUGUGGCGCCAGGGGACAUUGUGAGCUUCCUGCUGACAGCUGCUCUGUACAAGGCCAAGGCCCAUGACCCAGAUGUGGUAUCCCUGGAGGCAGCGGACAGACCCAACUUCUUCCUCCACAUCACAGCCAACGGGUCUGUGGAGCUGGCUAAGUGGCAAGGCAGUGAAACCUUCCACCACCACACCUCCUUCUUGCUGCACCAGGGGACGUGGCGGGUGGGCCUGGUGGCCCUGGAGUCUCUGGCAAAGCCAGGCUUCUUCCUCUCUGUGUCAGGCCUUGGGCUGGCCUUGCGGCUAUAUGAGCACACAGAGGCAUUCCGCUGGGGCACACUCUUCCACCUUUUGGAUGCCAAGUCAUUGGGGAAUGCCUACCCCACCUGUGAGUGGCACUACAAUGCCUGUGCCAGUCCCUGCUUCCAAACCUGCCGGGACCCACAGGCAACCAGCUGCCAGGAUGUGCCCAGGGUAGAAGGCUGUGUCCCUGUGUGCCCUGCUCCCAAGGUCCUGGAUGAAGUCACACAGAGAUGUGUCUACUUGGAGGACUGUAUAGAGCCAGCAAUUUGGGUUCCCACAGAGGCCCUUGGCAAUGAGACUCUGCCUCCCGGGCAAGUGCUACCCACUUCCAGUGACAAGCAGCCUCAACUUCUGCAGGAAACUACCAGGGCCCCUACCCACAGGCCAGUUCUCACUCCAGAAGCCCCCCUCACCAGGGCCCUGAACCCACCAAUGGCAGCCAGUAAAGGGACAAUGCUGUCCACAGGCCCCACCCAGUCCUCCCUACAGCAACCACUGGGGAUCACUGCAUCCAACCUCUCUGCCCACCCUACAGAGGCCCCUGCCAGCAAGGGAGUGACAGCCAGCCCCCUGGCCACCUCCCAACCCCUGGAAUCUGUACCCCUCCCCCUUUCGCUGCAGACACCCACACCUGGCAUGUUAUCAGGUGCUGUGGAGACAACCAGGGUGACUAUGACCUUCGCAGGGAGCUCCAACAUCACAGUCUCCUCCCGGUCACCCCCUGUACCUCGCUUCCCACUCAUGACCAAAGCUGUGACAGUCACAGGUCAUGGCUCCUUGCCUAUUAAGACGACACCCCUACAGCCUGCCUUGCCAGAAAGUCCCUCCUCCAGGCCCGUGGCUUCUUCUGGAGCGACCUCCAUAUCCCCUACCUCCUCUGGAUCCCGCAAGACUUUAUUGACACCCCCAGUAGCUAAGGUCACAAAUGAGACAGGGAUUCCUCAGCCCACUCAGACCCAGAACAUUUCAAGUUCCAGCAGCUCCCCAAUCAUGGCUAUCACAGCACCACAGCAGGCUCUGGUUAGUCACCUUGCCACAACAGGCAGGGAGGUAGUGCCAUCCACAGAGAAGGGUGCGCCUGGACAUGACCAGCCCAUAGAACUGCCAUCAUCCCCACAUCCAAGUCCAGUUCCCACUGCCCCGCCCCGCCCAGCCCGGCAUACCACCACAGCCACCAGGCCUGCAGCUCUGUCCCCAGGGCCCCUGGUAGCCACCAGCCUGUCCACAGUUGCUCACAGGUUAGGGGCCACAGCCUCUAGGUCUCUGGAGUCAACCCAACCAUCCCAGCUCCUCUCUGGUCUGCCUCCUGACACCAGCCUCCCCUUGGCCAAGGUGGGCACCUCUGCCUCAGUGGCCGCAUCGGGCUCCAAAGGCUCGGUCAUUACUCCUCCACUUCAGCACCAGGCCACGUCUCUGGCAAUAACCACGACACCCCCUGCUCUGACAUUCAGCCCAGCACUGCCUGUCACCCCAGCUGUAGAUACAACAAGCAUGGCUCCAAGCCUGCUUCUGGAAGCCAAACUGCCAACCUCUGGAGAUGUGGCCAUGGCUGCAGGGGUGGCCCCCACAGUAUCCAUUGCUCCACGAAAGAGCACCACACAGAAAAUGACCAUUUUCUCCAAGCAAGUGUCUCUGCCUACUUCUGUGUAUGGCUCUGCCCAAGGUGGGCCCACAGAGUUCACACCUGCUGUGGUUCGCACUCUUGCCACAUUGGUGACUGAGGCUGAGGGCCUCCGGGCUGGCACAGUGCCACCAAGGCCCACAUCCUACCCAUUGAGCCGUGUCUCAGCCAGGACAAGCUCCCGGGAGAGCUCACUGGUUCUGCUGCCUCAACUGACAGAGGCCCAUGGGAGCUCAGCAAGGCCCCAGCCACCAGCGGAGUCAGUGGGUGAGGCCACUACGGAGCCAUCUGGGCGCUCAGCCCCAGCCCAGAGCAUUGCACAGGGUCCAUCUGAGUCCAUGGCAAUCACCACUGAGGUCAACACAUCUGCCACCUGUGUUCCCAUUGCAGAGCAGGACUGUGUCCGCCACAUCUGCCUGGAAGGCCAGCUGAUCCGUGUGAACCAGUCCCAGCACUGUCCUCAGGGCACUGCACCCCCUCGCUGUGGGGUCCUCGGCCUUGCAGUGCGGGUGGGCGGGGACCACUGCUGCCCCCUCUGGGAGUGUGCCUGUCGAUGCUCAAUCUUCCCUGACCUGAGCUUUGUGACCUUCGAUGGGAGUCAUGUAGCCUUGUUCAAGGAGGCCAUCUACAUCCUCAGCCAGAGCCCAGAUGAAAUGAUCAGCGUCCAUGUCCUCGACUGCAAAAGUGCCAACCUGGGACAUCUGAACUGGCCCCCAUUCUGUUUGGUGAUACUAAAUGUGACUCACCUGGCCCAUCAGAUCACCAUUGACCGCUUCAACAGGAAGAUAACUGUGAACUCACAGAUUGUGCGGCCACCUGUGAGCAGAUAUGGGUUCCGAAUUGAGGAUACAGGCCACAUGUACCUGAUCCGGACUCCCUCAUACAUCCAGAUCCAGUGGCUCCACAGCUCAGGACUCAUGAUCCUGGAGGCCAGCAAAGUCAGCAAGGCCCAGGGCCAUGGCCUGUGUGGAAUCUGUGAUGGAGAUGCAGCCAAUGACCUCACCCUGAAGGAUGGCUCUGUGGUGGGCAGGGCUGAGGACCCUGCUCCCUUUCUGGAUAGCUGGCAGGUGCCCAGCUCCUUGACUUCAGAAGGCCAGACCCGGUUCCGCCCUGACAGCUGUGCCACCUCAGACUGCUCUCCCUGCCUUCGCAUGGUGUCCAACCGCACCUUCAGCGCCUGUCACCGCUUUGUUCCCCCAGAGUCAUUCUGUGAGCUGUGGAUUCGGGACACCAAGUAUGUGCAGCAACCCUGCGUGGCACUGACCGUAUACGUGGCUAUGUGCCAUAAGUUCCACGUGUGCAUUGAGUGGCGGCGCUCUGACUACUGCCCCUUCCUGUGCUCCAGUGACUCUACCUACCAAGCUUGUGUGGUCGCCUGUGAGUCCCCCAAGUCAUGCCAGGAUGGGAUGCUGGGUCCACUGGACCCUGAGCAGUGCCAGGUACUGGGUGAGGGCUGUGUCUGUUCCGAGGGCACCAUGCUGCACCGGCGCCACUCUGCACUCUGCAUCCCUGAGGACAAGUGCGCCUGUACUGACAGCAUGGGGGUGCCCCGGGCCCUGGGGGAGACCUGGAACAGCUCCCUCAGUGGCUGCUGCCAGCACCAGUGCCAAGCCCCAGACACCAUCGUCCCAGUGGACCUGGAAUGUCCUGGCCCCCGGCCUGAAAGCUGUCCACGCUUUGGGGAAGAGGCCCUGCUCCUGCCCACUGAGGACCCCUGCUGCCUGGGGACUGUCUGUGUGUGUAACCAGACUUUGUGUGAGGGACUGGCUCCCACCUGCCGUCCAGGCCACCGGCUUGUCACCCAUUUCCAGGAGGACUCCUGCUGCCCUAGCUACAGCUGUGAGUGUGACCCCGAUCUGUGUGAGGCAGAGCCAGUCCCCGAUUGCCGUCAGGAUCAGACCUUGAUGGCCGGCCACCUGGGGGACUCAUGCUGUACCUCCUACUUCUGCGCCUGUGGCGAUUGUCCAGAUCCCAUCCCUGAGUGUCAGGAGGGGGAAGCGCUCACUGUGCACAGGAACACCACGGAGCUCUGCUGCCCUCUGUAUGAGUGUGUGUGUGAGAGCUUCCGCUGCCCCCAAGUGCAAUGUGGCAUGGGCACUGCUCUGGUGGAGGUGUGGAGCCCAGACCGCUGCUGCCCCUACAAGUCCUGUGAGUGUGACUGUGACACAAUACCGGUGCCUCGUUGCCAUCUGUGGGAGAAGUCGCAGCUUGAUGAGGAGUUCAUGCACAGUGCGGAGAACGUGUGCGGCUGCGCCAAGUACGAGUGCGUGAAGGCCCCCGUGUGUCUGAGCCGUGAGCUGGGGGUGAUGCAGCCCGGCCAGACAGUGGUGGAGCUCUCGGCAGAUGGCGUGUGCCACACCUCCCGCUGCACGGACCUGAUCGAUCCCCUCACCAGCUUCUAUCAGAUCAACACCACUUCCGUGCUGUGUGAUGUCCACUGCGAGGCGAACCAGGAGUAUGAGCAUCCCCGAGACCUGGCCGCCUGCUGUGGCUCCUGCAGGAAUGUGUCCUGCCUCUUCACCUUCCCCAAUGGCACCACCUCCCUCUUCUUGCCAGGGGCAUCCUGGAUCGCAGACUGCACCCGUCACCACUGUGGCAGCACUCCCCUGGGUGCCGUGCUUGUCCGCUCGCCCAUCAGCUGCCCCCCGCUCAAUGAGACCGAGUGUGCCAAGGUUGGGGGCUCCGUGGUACCUUCCUUGGAAGGAUGCUGUAGGACAUGUAAGGAGGAUGGACGCUCCUGCAAGAAGGUGACCAUCCGCAUGACCAUCCGCAAGAAUGACUGCAGGAGCAACACCCCUGUCAACCUAGUGUCCUGCGAUGGGAGGUGCCCUUCUGCCAGCAUCUACAACCACAACAUCAAUACCUACGCUCGCUUCUGCAAGUGCUGCCGAGAGGUGGGGCUGCAGCGGCGCUCCGUGCAGCUCUUCUGUGCCGCCAACGCCACCUGGGUCCCCUACACAGUGCAGGAGCCCACUGACUGUGCCUGCCAGUGGUCCUGA